CACUGAUCCACAAAAUCUAGUUCUGAUCAAUCUACGAAUUGACUAUCAGCUACGGUCUCCCGCACUGGAAACAGUCUGUCUCUAUGAAUUUGUUAGUCUCUUUCAUCGAAAGUUAUUCACCGACAAGGAUCGACUAAACAUAGAUCGUCCCUCCACAAGUACCGAAGAUGUUCAACUAAAUUCAGGUCGUCCACGUCAAGAAAGAUACUCAUUUAUGAUCGAACAUCAACAAGCAAAGUCUCAUGGCAUAAUUAAACGUCUUAAAUCUAUCGUUCCUGUACUUCUUGGCCCACAGAUUCCACGUAAAGACAGAGAAGAGACUCAAGAACGAUAUAGUCGAGCAAUAGCUACUCUCUUCAUUCCAUGGAGAAGUGUUAAAGAUCUUUGUGUUGUCAAUCAGAGUUGGCGCGAAGCACUUUCAUCUCGACAAGAAAGUAUUUCAACAGAAUCAAAGCAAAUUAUCGAACAUAUUCAACUCUUACAUAAUUGUAAGAAAGAUCGUGACGUACAUCUACAACAAAUUAUCUCAAACGUCCAAGCCAGUGACGAAAUAGAUCCUCGUCUUUUUCCUCGAAACAUGCGCGUAGACGACAGUGACGAGGAUGAUGACGAUUCGGAUCAAAAUGAGACGUAUCUGAAUUUCCUCGAUAGCUUAGCAGAUAAUAAUCAAACGUCUACUAUCAGUCAUCUUUCUGAAAAAGAGCAGCUUUAUCAAGAUGAAGCGCUUCGCUCUCUUCAUCAAGUUGGCCGAUUUUCGAAUUGCACCAGACGUGAUCAACCAUCCAUGGUAUCCACUUCUCUAUCGCAUUUCAGUGUCAAAACCCAGCAUUCAGUACAGCAAAACGCUGCCUGGCAAGCCACCAUAAAAUCUGAUGCUCUUCGAAGACGACAACAGAGUAUCUUAGAGGAUGCUCCUUCGCCACUCAACCAUGCCUCUAAUGAACUUAUCUCAAUCAAUACAACAAACUAUAUUGCAGAAGGUACAGCACGAAUUGACGACCGCGUUCAGUCUGUUGCAACAAACACAUUAGCAAUUCCAACUCGUCGCCAAGUUUGUGAAAAGUUUACGCUCAAUGAUGAACAAGCACGAGCUUUUUACAUCGUUUGUCGGCAUGUUGAUGGAGAAAGUCACCUGAAGAUAGAUGGAAAACAAGAACAAUUGAUUAUGUGCGUACCUGGACCUGGAGGAACAGGUAAAUCCCGUCUUAUCGAUGCUAUCACUUGUUAUUUUGUUGAAACACAACGGAAAGAGAAACUCCGCAAACUCGGUCUAACAGCCGUGUCUGCCUCUCUCAUCGGAGGCCACACGAUUCAUUCUUUCUUAGCUUACGUACGCAGCACUAAACGCCAAAAGAAGACGGUGACAGCAGGGUCAACGAACGUUGAAAACGACUGGAAAACUGUGGAAUAUCUUAUUAUCGACGAAAUUUCAAUGGUCGGACUUAGAUUAAUAGCUCGAUUAAAUGAAAUACUCACUCUUGGAAAGCGAGCGCCACCAGAAAUACCGUUUGGUGGUAUUAAUGUAAUUCUGCUCGGCGAUUAUAUACAGUAUAUGCCAGUCCUCGACAAACCUCUCUAUUCAAAUCUCGACUCUAGCUCUUCUACUCGCUUGGGUACCGACACUGAUGUUCAGUACAGAGUAGGGCGCUCAUUGGUUCUACAAAUCAAUACAGUCGCUCAGCUAACACAACAGAUGAGAACUGAAGAUCAAAAGUACCUAACUUUACUCAAUCACCU